UGCAAACCCAGGCUGGCAGUCGGAGCAAUGUGAGCAGCAUUUCUAUUCCAACGUCGUGCCCGAGCUGCAUAAAGGUGCUUUUCUUAAAAAAAAAAACAAUCUCUCUGCAAGCUGACGAGAACAAAGCAAGAUAGCUGGCUUUUUAUCCUAGCCUGGAUAAUGGAGAGACAAAUAAACAGCAGGGAAAAUGAAUGCGAAGAGAAACACAGUAACUCCGGAGGCUCCGAGCAAGACAAGGACUAUAAAAUGUCUCUGAUCACUCUGAAUGUUGGGGGCUAUCUCUAUAUCACACAGAAACAGACGCUGACCAAGUAUCCAGAUUCUUUUCUGGAGGGGAUCAUAAAUGGGAAGAUCAUGUGCCCGUUGGAUGCAGAGGGGCAUUACUUCAUAGACAGAGAUGGGCUCCUCUUCAGGCACGUCCUCAACUUCCUACGAAAUGGAGAACUUCUGCUGCCAGAAGGGUUUCGAGAAAAUCAACUUUUGGCCCAAGAAGCAGAUUUUUUCCAGCUGAAGGUGCUCUCGGAGGCAGUGAAAUCGAGGUGGGAGAAGGAGCAGCUAGCAUCUCGAGAGACCACUUUCCUGGAAAUAACCGACAGCCACGACCGCUCACAAGGACUCAGGAUCUUUUGUAACGCGCCUGAUUUCAUUGCAAAAAUAAAAUCCAGAAUUGUACUGGUGUCCAAAAGCAGGCUGGAUGGAUUUCCAGAGGAGUUUUCAGUAUCUUCCAAUAUUAUUCAGUUCAAGUACUUUAUAAAGUCUGAAAAUGGCACACGACUGGUACUGAAGGAGGACAACACCUUCGUCUGCACCCUGGAAACUCUAAAGUUUGAGGCUAUAAUGAUGGCUUUAAAAUGUGGAUUUAGACUGCUGACCAGUCUGGAUUGUUCGAAAGGGUCAAUUGUUCACAGUGAUGCACUUCAUUUUAUCAAGUAAUCAGCAAGGCAAAGGAAAUGAGCAUGUGGCCAGCAAACCUUCCUGACCUGCAGCCUCCUGGCACCACAACUAACGUGUCUGACUAGCCUCGUACCACAGAGCUCGGCUGCUCAUCAACUGAUGUGAGCUAAUGGUAUGUAAAUCUCACCACGACAUCCAUCUCUGGCUUCCUGAAUGGCAAUUUUAUGCCUGAAUUUCAUAAAAAAAAAAAAAAUUUCUCUGCUGAAUGCUGUUAAGCACAGAUUGACUGCUU